ACCGGAGGCAACUAUUGGUCCUCAUAUAACGGUGCUCUGCCACACUGUCGCCUCUGGGUAACUUCACCAAAACAAACCUCCUUCAAAGUGCCAUCGUGCAUAAUUUCGUGGUAAAACAUUAACUCAACUCGUAAAUAGCGGACCGAAGUUGCACGUUUUGGGUUGUGGGUUGGACUUGUUGAAAGAAAACCACUGGAAAUCUGUAUUCAGCAGCGAAGAGAGGACGACUACUCUGGGAAUCGGAGCAAAAUGGCUCGGAAACUAUGUGGAACCAACUACCCGACCAGUAUCUGUUUUAUUGUGGUGAAUGAGUUUUGCGAGCGCUUCUCCUACUAUGGCAUGAAAGCUGUGUUGACGCUGUACUUCCUGUCGUACUUACACUGGGAUGAGGAUCUGUCCACGGCCGUGUACCACGCCUUCAGCAGCCUCUGCUACUUCACCCCCAUCCUGGGAGCCAUCAUCGCUGACUCAUGGCUCGGCAAGUUCAAAACUAUCAUCUAUCUGUCCAUUGUUUACGUCAUUGGUCAUGUGGUCAAGUCGGUUGGAGCCAUUCCCACUGUAGGAGACACCAACGUGCACAUAGCUCUGUCCAUGACUGGGCUCAUCCUGAUCGCAAUUGGCACCGGAGGAAUCAAACCGUGUGUAGCAGCGUUUGGAGGAGACCAGUUUGACGAGGAGAAUGUGAAAGAGAGACAGAAGUUCUUCUCUGUAUUCUACAUGUCCAUAAACGCCGGGAGCUUCCUGUCCACCAUCAUCACCCCCAUUCUCAGAAGUGAUGUGCAGUGCUUUGGAGAUGACUGCUAUGCUCUGGCCUUUGGGGUUCCUGCAGCUCUCAUGGUCGUGGCUUUGGUGGUGUUCAUUGGAGGCAGUGGGAUGUACAAGAGAAACCCACCACAGGGAAACAUGCUGCCGCAGGUCUGCAAAUGCAUUGGGUAUGCCAUUAAAAACCGCUGGAGGAGCUCGAAGCAUGAGACCAAGAGAAAGCACUGGCUGGACUGGGCUGAAGACAAGUACUCGAAGCGUCUGAUUCAGGAGAUCAAGAUGGUGCUUCGUGUUUUGGCUCUGUACAUUCCUCUGCCGAUGUUCUGGGCUCUAUUUGACCAACAGGGCUCUCGAUGGACUCUUCAAGCAACAAGGAUGAACUUGGCUUUCGGCUCUUCCUUCAGCAUUGAACCAGACCAAAUGCAGAUGCUGAACGCUCUGCUGAUUCUGGUCUUUGUCCCCAUUUUUGACCUCAUCAUUUACCCGCUCAUUGGCUGUUGUAAAAUCAACGUCACACCUCUGAGGAAAAUGGCGAGUGGAAUGAUUUUUGCAGCUUUGGCUUUUGGAGCUGCAACACUGGUGGAGAUCAAUGUAGUGAAAACAGUUGUGGAUCCGGCUCCGGCUCAGAAUGCUUUGCUUCAGGUUUUGAACGUAGCAGGACGUGACAUCACAGUGACACUGCCCAAUCAAAACACAGAGUCCAUCCAGAGCCUGCAGGACCCAGCGGGGUAUGUGACUGUUCCUCUGCAGUUGGAUUUGCAGAUUGGUUCAAAUGGAGGAAACUUUCCGUGUGUCCAAACUUUGAAUGAAACGAGCGCCAACAGCCUCAUCGUGUACUCAGAGGGAACACAGCUGAAGUGCAAACUGGUGGAAGACCAUAUUGAGAAAAGUAGAGAUGGGAAGCCUCUUCUCAGGUUUUUAAACACUCUGUCGGAGGAUGUAAAAGCGUUUGUGGAUAAAAAGGAUUUUAACGUUUCUGCAGGAUUCACCAUGUCUAAAAACGAGACUGUGAGCAGAGGAGUAUAUUCAAAUGUGCAGCUCUGUCUGGAGACGUCAGGCAGCUGCUCAAAUCAGGACCUGGGUCUGCUGGACUUUGGAGCUGCCUACACCUUUGUUAUCUCUAAGGAGGGCACUGGAGUGAAGGUGAGCAAGAUAGAGGAUGUCGAAGCCAAUAACGUCCAUGUGGCCUGGCAGAUCCCUCAGUAUGUCCUUCUGACAGCAGGAGAGGUCAUGUUCUCCAUCACCGGUCUGGAGUUCUCCUACUCACAGUCUCCAGCGAACAUGAAAUCCGUGCUGCAGGCGGGCUGGCUCCUCACUGUGGCCUUUGGGAAUGUCAUCGUCCUGAUCGUGGCUGAAGGAGCAGGACUAGAGCAGUGGAAAGAGUUCCUGUUGUUUGCUGCUUUGCUCCUGGCAGUUUGUAUCAUCUUCUCCAUCCAGGCCUUUUUAUACACGUAUGUGGACCCAGAGCAAAUGAACAAAGUUUAUCAGGACGAUGUCAAUUACGGCAGCACAGAGGAGAAGAAGAGACGGCCAUCAGAUAGUCUACAAAUGAAGGAGAAAGGGAAGAGCACUAAACUGUGAAACAGAUUAGAGAUUCACUGUAAUGGCACAAGCAGUGGUGAAAUCAAAUCCAUUUCUGUUGUACUUUUGUCUGAUGAAUUCUUUAAAUGUGAUUUGUGGUUUGUGUAUUUGUUUUUUAAAGAGGAGGUAUUAUGCAUAAUCUACUUUUUGGAGUUUUCUACCAUAUUACAAUGUUAUUCCCUCAUCAAAAACAUACACAAAGUGGUUUUAGAUGCCAUUAAUGCUUCCUUACUGAUUAGACUUUCCACAUUCAAAAGAUUUUUAUUUGAACAGCAUAGUUUGUAUAAAAACCUCUCACAAGCCUUACUCCAGCCUGAUUCAUCAGCCAGUUUCACUUCGUAGAAACCAUCUGACCUCACAGUGUUAGAAUUCAUUUGCUCGAUGGUAGGUGGAUACUUUUAUUAUUUAACCAAUUGCUGCUAUUUGGUCAUGAUGUAUGUAAUGCGCCGCUAACGGGGCUAGCUGGUAUAUAAAACUUCUCCCAAAUCCUGUAGAAAGAAGGGCAAUAACAUCUUUCCCCUUGAUAAAAUUCACCAAACAUUCUCUUUGUUUCGGCUUUAAAUCCUCGAUCUUGGGAAUCAUUGACAACACUGAAUGUAUGGCUCUUCGCUGACUAACUGGUGCCCGAACUUGCACUUUUUGCAAACCGUCUAGUGUAUUCCGAUUCUUGACCUAGUCACUAGAGAGAAAUGAAAUUGAGCGGACAUUGCCCAUGCUCCCACACGACUUUUUUCCAUAAAUAUACAAAAGCAGGAUACAAAACAACACACUACAACUUCACAAAUCUUGCAAUGUGCAGUAGUUUAAUUAGCGUGCCAGUUGUUUUGUGAUAUCGCUCUGAAGGGGGAGUGACUAGGGACGGAGAACAAAGGUAUGGGGCACUCAGAGCAUUAACGAAACUGAAACAAAUUUUAAUAUGUAGUUUUCGGCGAAUAGCAUUUCCAAAACGAUAAAGGGUAACAUGGUGAUCUAAAUAUGUUAUGUGUUAACAUUUAAUACACAAUAGAAGUAUAAUACCUCCUCUUUAAACUAUUUGUAGAUCUUUCAAUUCUUGUUCUGAAAAUUGCACAAGCCCCCAACCGAAGAAGAAAUAAUGAUGUACGUUGCACUUUCUGGACACGCUGUGCUAGUCCCAGAGCAGACAGAUCCUACUAGUAUUUGGAUUUCGAUCCUUAUUAAAAACAAAAACAAAAAAACAAUACAUUUAAUAUUGCUCAGUUUUUUUUAAACAUUUAUUUGUGCUUGAACUCAGCCCUGAGCACCUCUCCAUGUCUCUAUUCAUGUGCUGAAUCAGGUUGUAUGAGGACUUUUUCCCACAUGAAUAAUAAUAAUAUUUUGUUUUAAUGUUUAAUUGCUGUGGCAACAAUUGUAACUUUUCAUCAUGGAUAGGAGUACCUGCCACCCUGUGGAAGACACACAGUUUUCAUUCCAACUGCUUGUAUCCUACCUCCAAUAAUAAUGAAAAGAAAAUUUUAUUAUUUUACUAUCAGAUCUGAAUGUUGUAACAUGCUGACUAUAAGUGCAUCAGGCUGAUCAGUGUUUUAAAUGUGAAAUAAUAACAAAAUGACUGUAUGUAGCUGUGUGUUAAAGGAGAGCUAUGUAACUUUUUUAUUGGAGGUCCUCAAAGUACUCGUCUCCAAGGAGAUGGUAUUGGGUCAUUCCACGCCAAAUUUCCGAAUGCCCCCGCUUGACCAUCUCAGAUUUGACAGAAAAAAUUCUAGGAGGUUCACACACAUUCCAAUAGGAAAAGUCCCAGAUUUUAACUCCAACUCCUUGGUCAUGAAAUCAGAAUGUUUUCUUAUCUUAAGGCAGAACACCAUAACAAAUUUUGGAUUUGUUAAAAACAGACAUCUAGUCUGUCCAAAACAGUCCAUUUUAUGUGCUGUCAUUUUUUUGGUAUAACAUGGUAAAGAUGGCCCCAAAUUUAUUUUUUUUCACUUUUAACAAUAUCUUCUAGAUCGUUUAUCACAGAGGGUCAGUUUUAAAAUACAAAGUACACAGCAUGUGUGGGAAGGCGUAUGUUCAAUAUCAAACCUCUGUCUUUGAAACUGCACUUUCCACAGUCCUUCAAAGAUGCCCUCAGAUCUGAAGAGCAGAAUUUUCGAGCAAAUUCAAGCCCCCAAAAAUCUGUGAUAAAACAAAAACACAUGUGUAAAAGUCAAGAUUCUACAAGUACCCCUUUCUUUCAAGUAACCCUUGAAAAUUUGAACAACCUAUCUUAGUUGUUUUUUUAGAUACAGCAAUCUGAAAGUGGCUCUAUGGAAAACUCUGAUCAAAACAGGCCAGGGCAGAGCUGACAAAAUAUUUUUUAAUGACAAAACUAUAAGGAGUUGGGAGCAAAAAUUUGGGACUUUUUGGAAUAGUGUGUGAACCUCCUAGAAUUUUUUCAGUCAAAUCUGAGAUGGUCGGGCGGGGGCAUUUGGAGAUUUCGUGUGGAAUGACCCUAUUGCUUUGCUUGAAAUAUUCCACAUUAUAUUUAAAAUACAUAUAAAGGUACAUUUAAAAGUCCCAUAUUAAGCCAUUUUCUCAUUGAUGUUAUAAUGUUUUGUUUCAUUCACACAUUUUUAAAACACAAAUCCUGCAUAUUUAAUCUGAGUUCUUCUCUCAAACAGAAAACACUCUGUUCCACAUUAUGAUGUCAUGUGGUAAUACAGGAAGUGCUCCACUGUGUUUUUAAACUCCAUACACUUUCACUCAAAUCAUUUGGAUUAUUUCAGUCCUGGAACUGCCAAUCUCUAUUGAACUAAAGAUAAAAGGUUGCUGUUAACUUGAAAACUACUGCUUCAUGACAUCACAAGGUGGGACAUGGAGUAUUUUGGGCUUUGGAGAUGUAAACAGACUAAUAAUAAAGGGUUAAUCAAACAUGUGCAUUCCAGGCAAAGCAGUAACCAUGAAGACGAGCAGGUGGCAGACCCUCCACCAAAAAAGUGACACAGUGCACCUUUAACUUUGUGUUAAAUAUUUUGGUAAUCACAUAUUUUGAUGUCUGUGGAAAUUGUACAUUGUCUUAUUGUUUACAUUGUGUACAAAUGAAUUAAAG